CCUGCGCAGCUUUGUGCCCGCUGCGUCGCUCGACGCCAGUCUGUCGGAGGUUCAAGUGACGGAAAGAUCGGCUCGUCUGAUCCACCGCGGAAUCCUCGUCUCUCGCGUCCUCGUCCUUCCAGUGCCGCGAUACUCGCGAUCUACUUCGGGUGCCGGAUAGCAUUCGCCACCACGUGACAGGAGGAUACUCUCGGAGUACGUGUGCAGUGGGUGAACAGUGUGACCAGUGCCGCGUGUGUCGUUUAACUGGGGGUCGCGCGCAUCCAACCGAUUUAACUUAGUCGCGUCGUACCGAGGGACCGAACCCUCUCCUCAUCGCAGAUUCAUUGCGUCCCCUACGUCGUCGUCGUCGUUACGAGAACGCGCAAGGGCCGGGGUUUUCCAGGGAAUAAUUCUGCCGCGGGCAGACUGCCGGACAGAAUGGAGCGGCACGCAGUGUGACGGUGUACGUUUUUCGUCGGUCCGUCACCGAUCGACCGUCGACGGCUCUUGGACAAUAAUAUUUGCCACGUCCUUCUGACUGUCGACCGACCAAUCUCGCGGGAGUAUGCGUGUACACAUGUGCAGACGAAGACGAAGAAGAAGUAAAGAAGGAACAUUGGCGAGGCAGCGGAAGGGGGCCAUUUAAGAAAGUUCGGUCCGUCCAGGAUAGAGAGUCUCGUGCAUGUGUGUCUGUACGUGUGCGACACGGUCUCGUGGAUUUCUGCAAUAAAACGGCGGACGCGAUUUCAGCUGCCGGCUCGCUGCUAACCCGACCCCGUAAGGAUGAAGCGAACCGGUAAACAUCGGAACCGUGGCUUUCUUCUUGGGAUCAUCAGGGCGGGAGCUUUUUACCUGUACCGCCAUAUCAAGCACGCUAUAAAAAACGAGAUCGUCUUCCUGUGAAUCAGCGACAGACAGGACCGACCUCGUUCCCGAGAGCUUGAUGAAACAAUCAAAAUACCGUCCCCGAGAGCUUAGCCCACCAAGUGGCGCGCAGCGCGGCAGUAUUUAUCUUUCAGAACGCUGACUCGGGGAUGUCUGCGGCCGCGUGUUGACCGUUCCCGGAGAGCUGUCAGCAGGUUCUCCCCGACGAGCUGGACAAACAGCGCGGAUCGUAAAAAGGGACACGGUUUGAACAGCCUCGACGAAUCUCGGUGGAAAGACUCGAUCGAGUCCGGGUAGAACGUCGAGCCACGAAUUAUGUGAAAGUGGAACGAGAACUUGAAUUGGCGAACCCUUCGGGCUUCGAGUCGGACUGUCUCGGGGUUUCGAAACUUCGGGACUGAUGCAUCCUGGACGCGCAUUCUGUCCUCGUGGCGGCGAGGCGGGCACGAUCGCGCGCGCACCGGUUCCCGAUGGCGGGUAGGAUCUCCGGGAAAUGAAAUCGUCGAUCGGUAUCGAGUGAUCGGGUUUCGAAGGUUCUACGAAGAUGACGUCGUCGGUGCUUGCGCUGCUUGGGUUGAUCCUGGCCACGGCCAGCGCCGAGCUCACCUCGAGGGUCGUCAGGACCAAGUACGGGGAACUGUCGGGCGUUAUCAUGGCCCUCGAUCGGCAGCAUCUCGAGGGCGUAGAGGUGUACCGUGGCGUUCCGUACGCGUCGCCGCCGACCGGAUCGCUCCGUUUCAUGCCGCCCGUCAGCGGCGCGUUAUGGCGUGGAGUCAAGGUGGCCGACAAGUUUGGGCCCGUAUGUCCGCAACGUUUGCCGGAGCUCAGCGACAAGAUGCCCAAAGGGAGGGUCGAGUACCUCAGGAGGUUGCUGCCGUAUCUGAGGAAUCAAAGCGAGGACUGCCUCUACCUAAAUAUCUACGUCCCGGUUCAAGUAACAAUGAACAUGCGUGGUCCAGUGAACAGUCCAGGGAAGACUUUAAAUUCGUCAGAGUAA